AUCUUUACUGUACCCAGCGCUAGCUAUAUGCGCCCCGCACCGCACCACUCUGGAUAUCUGGGAAUAAUCAACUUCCAGGCUGUCGCACCCUGCACCCAAAGACCGCUCACAGAUUCCACAGGAGAUUACCCAGAGUGCCGCUGGCCUGAGGCUCGCCAAGAAGAGCGAGGGAGCGAGAGGACGAGGAGCACGCCCAGCAGUGAUUUGCGGAGGAGGAGGUGGAGUCUCAGGAAGAGCCCCUCCUCCCUCUACUGAAGCCCCGCCCCCUCUGAGGAAGUGCACUUGAGUGCCGCUGCUGUCUGUGAUGCCCUCCCAUGACGCCCAGGUCGGUAGCUGACACUGCCAGUGAGCGGGAGACGCUACUGCACACCCGGUCCUGGGCCGGCACCGUCAGCCGGUUCUCGCCCUCCAUCUUGCACACUGGAGACUCAAGCUCCCCCCGCCUACCAGUAUCCACAACCAUCAGCUCUGACCCACUACAAUAAGGUCCGCUCAAAACCAGACGCGCUGACGUCUUCGGCCAGCACCAGCAGCAGCAGCAACAGCCAAAAACAACAGUAUCUCCAACGCAAUCAGCAACACCAGCACCACCAUAACCACCAGCAGCAGCAGCAGCAGCAGCCAUCAUGUCCAGUCGUAGAAAGUCGUCCACCCCCUGCAUGGUCCGGGUCAUCAGCAACCUGCCAGAACAGAAAGAAGACCCUGAGGAGGUGAUGGACAUGGACAUAUUGACAGACACCAAUGAGACAGAACAAGACAGGAUAAAAUCACCUGAAUCUGCAGAGAAGAGUCCAGCUCUUCAGCAGGAGAAUCCAGACCAGCAGACACUUCCAAAACCACUGGAAAACCAGAAUUCUGAGCCGCCAGAACAAGAGGAGCAGUUGGGUAAAGAAAACCAACUCCCUGUCAUCGAAGAUGUGGAACCCAGAGAGGACAAGGACAGGGAGGAAAUGGAAUCUGACCCCGCGUCCCAGCAGAAGCAUCCCAGAGGGUAUGAGUGCAAAUACUGCCCGUUUUCAACGCAGAACCUGAAUGACUUUAAAGAGCAUGUGGACUCAAGCCACCCCAACGUCAUUCUGAAUCCGUUGUACCUCUGUGCCGUCUGUAACUUCAACACCAAGAAGUUUGACUCACUCACAGAGCACAAUGAGAGUCAGCACCCAGGGGAGACUAACUUCAAGUUCAAGAGGAUAAAAAACAACAAUCAGACGAUCUUAGAGCAGACAAUCGAAGGCAAGGACAAUUCAGCUGAAUGUGAGGAGACAGAAGAGCAGGGUCAGAGCAGUUCUGUGGUUCCACCCUGCAUAUCUACCACAGUGAAAAGCCCAGACAAUAUCCAGUCAUUCUAUCAAGGGAGCGAACUGAAAACCCAGCUGGACGGCCUGAUCCAGAAGGAUCAAAUCACCGCCGUUAACAUCAACGGAACAGUCAUCAUCCCUGAACCCACCAUCCUGCAAGGGCUCUCCCAUGUCACCCCCAUGCUCCAGCGUCCGCCCAACUUUAACUCUGUACCAAAAAUAGCUGUUCCCUUGAACACCACCAAAUAUAACCCUUCUUUAGACGACAACUUGACGUUGAUCACAUCCUUCAACAAGUUUCCUUACCCGACACAUGCAGAGCUGUCCUGGCUGACAGCUGCCUCCAAACACCCGGAGGAACAGAUCAAAGUCUGGUUCACCACCCAGCGGCUGAAGCAAGGAAUCACCUGGUCCCCGGAGGAGGUGGAAGAAGCCAGAAAGAAGAUGUUCAACGGCUCCAUCCCUCCUGCGCAUCACACAUUCACCGUCCUGCCUACGAGCCCCACGUCUCAGCGGUCUGCCAAAUUCUCCAAGCAGCAAGUUGUCCACACUACAGUCGGACAUUUAAGUCACGUACGGACAACUUCUAUGAACGGAUUUGGUGUGAACUCCACCAUACACUCUCCCGCCGCAGUUAAACGAACACACCUGACGACAGUUUAUGGCCCUGAGUCCAAGAGGCCAAUCAUGGCUGUUGCCCCUCAUUCUGGUGACCCUAACGACAAGAUCCUCAUGGCCCCUCCUCCACCUCCCCCUCCGCAGAAAGACCGCCUCCCAAUGGCUCCACCUCCUGUUCCAAUGGAGAUGAAGAGACCUGUAGCAGUUCCUUUGGUCACCACAGAGAUGAAGAGGCCAUCCGCUACUGUGCCUUUAAUGCCACCGCCAUCAUCAUUGUCGUCACCAUCCUCUUUGUCCAAAGGGAAGACAAUCUCUACGUUAGGAAUCCCCAAAACAAAACCUUUGGUGUCCAUACCCUCUCUAGUAUUUCCAGAGUCUUUAACUAGGCCAACUUUAGUUCCCCCACCUAUAUUUGCCCCUCGGUUUACAAACUCGUUACUUCUUCCUUUGAGUUCAGCCAUCCCCUCCAAAGAAAUACACCAGAGUCCCCAUGCUAUGCCAGCUGCUGAUUCAAAGCUGCCCAACUCCCCUCCUCUUAACACCCCACAGAUAAGGAGGCCCACCAUCAUCCAGUCCAUUCGGGCCCCAGCUAAAUCCCCGUCACAGAUUCCCGGUUUCCAUUUGGAUAGCAAGAAACUUAAGGAGCAGCAAGGAGUAGAGUUGAAAGCCAGCUACCCCAGAGGAAACAGGGUCCUCACUCCUCUGGCGGAGGCCAACGGGACGUCUCGUGUGGACGGCAGAUGGUCCCACAGUCAAAUCUCCCCUGCUCCCAACAAUGGGGUCAUUCACCUUGACAUCGCAGACCAGCAAGCAGCGUCAAAACUAGAUUUCCAUCAAAAGUCGUCUGUUCUGACCCAAUUUCCUUUACUGGAGAGGAUGAAAGGAAAGACAGCGGAGCAGCUUAAGGUCUUGGAGGAGAACUUUUUGAGGAACAGUUUUCCAACGCAUAGCGAUGUGGGCAAUCUGGCGACCACCACCCUCCUGUCCCACCAGGAAAUCGACAGCUGGUUUGUGGAGCGCCGUGCGCUACGAGACAACCUUGAACAAGCCCUUCUCAACUCCAUGGGCACGAAGAGGAUGGGCCCCGGUGGCAUUCCUGCCAUAACUAAGAAACGACUUCAUCAGCAGCAACAGACUCUACAGCUGAACGGGGUUCAUAAACCAAGCAUCGCUGUGGGCCAUCUUAAGAGCUUGAUUCCAACCUCCCACUCUCUGCCCAUCAUUGCUCCCGGCGCCAUCGCUCCCUCCAUUCCCAACCAGAACUCAUGCUUAGUGCCUCCUGAUAGCCGAUCUCUGGCACUCCUCAAGGACGAUUUUGCUCAAACACGGUGGCCUUCCCCUGAGGAGAUCAGCCAGCUGGAGGGUCGGACAGGAUCAGCUCGCACAGAGCUCGCUCGCUGGUUCAAUGACAGCCGGUUGCAGAACAGCAACAUGGAGCUGACAGAACUUUUUCACAACAAUGGCGUCAAUGGAGGACAGGUGCAACCUGUGUGCUCACCUGAAAAUGCCCCUCCCAGCAUCAUCCAGCGUUUUCAGGAAGGAGCGCCAACAAACAACAACAACAACAGCAGCAGUAAGGUGUUGGAGGUGGAGCUGGGAUGGAUAAUGGAGCAACGCGCUCUCAGCGGUCAACAACAUAAUGAGCUCCACGACCGGUUUACUGGCAGGCUGAGGCAGCAGACCGCGGCGGAGCUGAAGAACGGGGGACAGAACGGCGGAGUAGGGGGAGGAGCGCGGGACAUGUUUGGAAGCUGGUUGGAGGACGGACACCUGAGGAGAGGACGGGAGCUGCUCCUGGACCGGGAGAGGAAGAUGUCCGAGGACUCGUCUGGGAGGCUGACUGGAUAAACGGUGCGAACAGGAUGUGCCGCCAUCGCCGCCCCUGCUGCUGGAGGAGAGAAAAAAUGAGGUGGACGAGAACGGAGAAUCGAAAAGAAGAGUUUUUUUUAACAAUCAGAUUUUUUUUUUUCUUUGUUUUUUUUUACCGAUUUUUAUCUCUUGAUUGUCGCAGCCCGCCUCACGCACAGCAUCCUCCUCCUCCGUCCUGUAAUCUCGUCAGCGCCGCGACCUGAAGCGACCCGUCCACAGAUGUGAGGCUCGCCACGAGAAUAUGAGUUCAAACGAGAGCGAGGCUCGCAAAUUAAAAUCAGGAGAGAGAAAGGAGACGACCAGGCUCACGAUCCAUGAAGAUAAUUUCAAUUCCUCUCCUCAUUUCCCCUUUUUUUAUCCUCUCGGUUCAGUUCAGCAACAGAAGAAGAAAUCUUCACCUCACGUUUGACGUUUGACGAGAGACGAGAACACAAACAGAGAUGCAGCUGGAAGCUGAAGAUUUCUGUAAAUGAUGUAAAAGACGGGUAUCAGAGGGUCUUAAAGUCUCAAACUCUCCUUUACAGGUCGUUUAGUUGCAUCUCAACCAAACACUAAAAGUGUUCAUUCAAUGUCACAAAAAAUUAUAUAUUUAAAAUAUUUCUACUUCCUGUUUUCUCUGCAGACAUCGUAGAAACACAAACGAUAAAAGUAAAAAUACAUCAACCCUUUAAAGGAAGAAUGUACAACAUUUUACACAUAAAUAUAGAAAUCCAGUCUAUCCUGUGUAAAUGUGUCUCUGAGUCGUGUUUACAUGGACGUCCGGCUCCUCCCCUUGUGUAUAAAAGCUGUUUUAGUCAAGGACUAGAGAGAAGAAGAAGAACAUACUCACUGAGUAUUUGGAUGUUAGUAAGAGUUUUUAGAUCACGGUCAUUCUGUGUAAACAUGCAAUGUGAAGCUACGAGCUAACUAAAGAGCGCUGACAUUAGCAUGCUAACAUAACAAUGCAGGACACGGGUAAUUGCAGGACAAUUUUGUCCGCUACUUCUGCUAAAGUCCAUCGUGCAAAAACAAGUGGAGGGGGGUUGGAGGUGUAUUGUUGGAAUAGAGCGGAGGCUUCAGUAUGGAGUGGGGUGGCCAACCAGCAGUUUGUUUUGGCUUCAUGAUAGUGCUCAAGGGCGACACUUAAAAACUGCGGCGCAGUUACUGCCAACUCGCAGCAGACGCUACUGGAUCCAAGAGUCGCACAUUCUUUCUUUAAAAUCUUUUCUCUUUACAAUCAAUUGGAUUAGAUCCCUUUUUGUUCAAAGGGAGGCCUUAACCGCCCCUAAAAAUCUUGUUCUGUCCAGCUGUUCUUAUGCUGUUUAUAAACGGUGCAGAAUAAAACGUACAGAAAUCAGCACAGUUUUUACGCUUCUCUGUCAUGUAAAAGUUGGUUGCAGGGAGAAACAAACCUUUUUUUUUUUUUUUUUAAAGGUCUUUAAACUGAGUCAAAGUUUGCGCCACCUGUGAUCUCGGAUGAAAAUGCAGUUUUCUAUAAAUGAGUUUAAAAACUUAAAAACCCUUUAAAGGAGAAAGUUCACGCUGCAGCCGAGGUUCUUCCCCUUUAAGAGAUUUGAUUUAUUCUCAAAGCUUCCCUUUUAAAACAUCAAACUUCUCCUGAUGAUCGUGUUUGUCCGAACGUUUGUUUCGUUAAACUUUCCCUUGAAGAAGUUUCACUUUAAGAUCCUGAAAACUGAACUUCUCCUUUAAGUCUCUCGCUCUCUCGCGCUCUCCCUCUCUCUCUCGUGAGACGGGGAUUAGCAGGUUGUGAACUCUGACGGUCGGAUGUUUGCGGCUGAGGUGAUGCUGUGCGUGACCUGUGUUGCCGUGGAGACAGAGAAGGAGGGGUGAACCGGAGCACUGAAUGUGUGCCUGCAGCAGCGAUCUUGACUGUACACAGAAACAAACCGACAGAAAGACAGACGGAUUUAAAACAAACAAACAAACAAGAAAUAAAAACAACAACAACAUCGCCGAGUGCCAAAGCUGGGAUCUGCUGCAUUCUCAAUACACUUUAAAAAAAGGGUUCUUCUUCUUCUUGUAAAUAGGAUCUAUUUGUUUGUUUGUUUGUUUGUUUGUUUUGUUUUUUCCUGUAUUGCUACAGAUUUGUAAGAUUUUGCGGAAACAGAAAUUUGUUACAUUUUGUAAAAUGGGAGCAUCUCGUCCACCCGAAGCCCCUCCUUUCGUUAAGUUUAUAACCCCCCCCUUUCCCUCGGUCCCCGUCACUCACUCUCUCUCUCUCUCUCUCUCUCUCUCUCUCUCUCUCUCUCUCUCUCUGUCUCUCAGCUCUUUUACAUUUUUAGUUUUUUGUUGAUGGACUUUGAAAACAAACGGUGCCAGCGUCGGUAUUCGUUUUUUUAAUUUAGUUUCGUUCUCCGUCUCUCUCUCUUUUUGUACUGAACAGUCGAACGACGACGACGACAAAAAACAGAACAAACAAAAAAAAAGACAGACCGGUUGGCAAUACUUCAGUCACUUCUUCUUCAUCUCACCGGCACUGGACUUCCGCCCGCCACCUCCCCGCUGAGAGGAGGAGGAGGAGGAGGAGGAGGAGGAGGAAGAGGGACUUCACAUCCAAUCAGAUUUUAAAAAACAAAACUCAAAAAAGCACCUUUGGACCUUUUUUCUUCUUUUUUUUACUGUGCUGAAGUGAAGUCAAGUGCUAUUAUGAUCUUAUUCUGACGAUUAUGAUAUUGUUAUUAUUAUUAUUAUUAUUAUUAUUAUUAUUAUUAAUAUUGUAGCCACUCUGUCUGGAACCCUUUUUGGAAGAAAACAAAGAAAAAAAAAAAAAAAAGAGAAACUUAAGCCAAUCUGCACUUCUUGUUCCGACGAACAUGCUUGUAUGACCAAGUGACUGUCGUGGAUUAUUUUUGUUUUUUGUUCAAAACCGAUAAGGAACAAACGACAACAACUAUGUGAAAAACAACAACAACAACAACAACACAAAGCAGUUGAAAAAAAACUGCCUAACAUGGCGGCAAAGCGCAGAAGGAUUCAACGGUAACGCUCACACACAACACACACUCUGACAGAAACAACACAAUCCAGAAAUCAUGCUGCCUGAAUCGUACUUUCAUCUCUCUUUCUCCCUCGCUCGCUCACUUUGUCCUUCCUAUUCUCUCCCUCUCUCUCUCUCUAUCUCUCCCUCGCUCACUCACUUUGUCCUUCUUCUUCUUCCCUUCCUCUCUCUCGUAUCUGUUGUUUCUUUUCUCCAUUCGCUGAUUGUUCUGUUUUACUUCCUUCUGUCUUUCUCUAUCUUUGUCCUCCUGCACAUCAUCAUACACACCUGUAAUAAAACAAAAACCUACAAAAAAAAAAAAGAUAAAUAGCCUUUUAUUCAAUACAUAAUUACAUGUUGGCUUGGUAGGCUUAGUCGAAACUAGUUCCAUUCCGACAGAAAAGAAUAAUAGUAAAAACAAAUAUGAGCUUCUUUAUGUAUUGCUUCUGCCGCCGUAGUGUCCUGGUCAGAUUUAAAGAUAAUACUACAUAUAUCUGAAAUACUGUAUUUACAAAUGCAUACCAGGGCUGGCCUCAACAAACAAACAACAACAUGGGGGGGGAGGGGGGGGUUGAAACUCCGUCCACGGCUGGUGUGAGUCUGUCGAUAUUGCUUAAAGUCUGCAUAUGUUGUUGAAACUCGUGGCGUUCAGCAUCGCUAAAAGUCCCCGCUGCACGUUGGAAGAGAAACGCAGCGUCGCUCGUGUUGUACGCACAGCCUUAGAAAGCUUCAGAGACUUAUUUUUGCAUCUGUAUCGUUUUCAGUGAAUCUUUUACAGGUGAAUGAUUGAAUGUAUUUGCUUUUUUAAGGAGUUCAGGAAAUGUUGUGGGUUCACUGUCUGAAUGUUUGAACGGGGGGAAGGACUUGAGCGCACCAAAAAGAUCUGUCAGAGGUCUUUAAUGUUUUAUAAGACUUUGACGGUUAUGUGGCGAAAAAGCGUCCAGCUGAUUUUCAGACAGCUGCAGAAAACAAACUUCUCCCUGUUGGAGAUUCGAUGAACUAACUCAAGUUUCAAGUUCCAAUCUCUAAAAUGUAAAAAAUGAGAUUCACAAUCGAACAAAGCGGCUGCUAGCAUCAAAUUAGCGAUCUCUAUUUUGAGUUUGACGUCCAUUUUAGUUUGAGCUCUUUCUCUGUGAACUGGUCUUGAAAAUGUUUUUAUAGUUUCAAUUUGUAAAACCUCUAAGUAUUGGCUGUGGAUGAUUUGCAUCCACAAAAACGCUCGUAUAGCGUUGGUGCUCGCUAACAGAGCUGCACUCUCACGUUGACGGAGCUCAGUUCUGCCAGCAUCACAUCUCUUUAAAUACUGCGGUGCAGUUACUGCCUUAUUUUUUCACUCUUACUUCCCGUGGCUGUUAGCGCCCCCGUUUGUAUAAUCUCAAUGAACAGGAAAGGGGCCAUUAUACCCCCCAAAGUAAUGCAAAAUGGCUCAUUAAAAUAUUCAGAAACAGCACCAAUGCACAGAGACGCUGUUUGCUCUGCAGCGCAGUUAGGGGAGCGUUUAACCCUUUCUGUGCGUUUUGUGAAUUUGAAUCUUUUUGACUCGUUUGCACAGAUUCGGCGGUCACAAUGGCCAUGUGUACAUCCACUUGACCUUUCUCGAAUAAAAUGUACAACUACUUCAUUGUUAGCCACUGUCCUGUUAGCAUCCUAGCUAACCAGUCCAGGACCUCGUAACUGCUCAUAAGCUAGCAGUUACACCUGAUCAGAGCCAGAAUGUUAAUAUUUCGCUUGUUAGCCAUAAUUUAUCAUCAACGCAGCCUGUUCACUUCCACUUCCAAGACAAACCUUGAAUGUCCGGUUACAGUUCUUGGAUAAACAUUUUAAUACAAACCUUCAGAUAUCUUCACGUCACUGAUCAGAAGUCUUUAGAUGUACUCUGCAAGCUCCGGUUUGGAGUCGUUUACAGAACGGCUGGUGUGCACGAGUCCUUCCUCUGUUUCUUUUAUUAAAGUCGCUCUGUUUCCUCGCUAUAUGAAAUAUAUCUUAUCGCGUGUGUCCUGGUUUUCCUAAAAAAGAUUAACAGCAAUCAGAUUUUCAUUCAGAGAUCUGACAGAUGAACUCAGCUAAGCAGCGACCGCUUUAAACAGGGAACUCUGUGAUUGAACCUCAAACUGCAGAAAACAUUUAACUUCAUAAACAAUCGUUUGUGCUAAAACCUGCAGCGUUGAGUGAUGAAAAUGAUUUGGUUUCAAAUUAUUUUAUUGAUCUGAUCUCUAAGAAGACAAUCUGGUGCCUUCAUCCGUCCUCUUAAAAGUCUUCAGUUUUUAAAUUGCACUUUGGCACUUCGAUUUGAAGGUUUAUCAUGGGAGACCGAAUGAAUGUUUCUCAAAAGUUGAACAAUGAUUUUAUUUUUAAACCCAGCACCUUCAAACUUACUAACUUAAGAAAUAAAAUAACCAAAAAGUGUCAAAGACAAACUUUCAGCAAUGAGAACCCUUGUGUUGUCGGUACAGACGGGGUUCAUGCGAGCUGAACAACAGCUGCAUCUCCAAAUCGACUCGUGAGUAAAAUCUUUUGCACAAUUACAAUCAUGAACAAACAUCCCGAAUUAAAAAAAAGGAACCAAAAGACAUCUUUCUUAGUGUCUGUGGUUUGAUUAGACACUUCAAGCUCUUCAAAAGGUUUCAAACAUCAACAGCAGGAUAAAAACAGACGAGUCAGGAGGCCUUCAUUCGGCCGCAUUUUGAUUAAAAGCGGCUUUUUUUUUCAGCUUUCUCUGAAGUCCGACGUGUUUCCCUUGAGAGCGGAGAGUAGAUUAAACCACGACUGAUAAAGACACAACAAAGAGACAAUCGUUCAGGAGGAGAGAAUUUAACCAUUCAGAGAUCCUGAAGCUUUUAGCGGCCUGCUGCGUCCGUCCGAGCUGUUACAGAGAGCGAGCUGGACUCUCAGAGCAGGAGGUCGAUUUGUGAUGACUUUUUAGGAGAACCAGGAGCACUUUGUGUCUUUAAAGAGGAGUUGAGGCCAGCCCUGCUUCAUAACUGAGGUUCUGCUUCUUCUACUACUGCUACUAUCAAACAACCAGCCCUGGGCGCAAAAACGGGCCUGAGCUCCGUUUCAAACCUAAAGGUGCGUUUCCGUUUUUAAACUCUUAUACCAGCAGGUUUGAAAGUCAAAACCAGAAGCUACGUUUUAAGUUCGGUUCCCAAAGUGACAAAGACGCUUCCCUUGAUCAGCUCAUGGCCCAGAUUGAGUCCGUUACCUCAGCUUGGACGCCCGGCUGAGAGCGUCUUUGUGGCUUUUUAACUUUACAAUAAAAAAGCCAUCGAUGUUUGUUUUUACGGUUUGAAGCGUGUCACAGCCCUGUUUCUGUCGCCCAGGUCAGCAAAACAAUCUGUUGAUGUCUGCUGUAUUUCAAUAAAACACAGCCUUUUUCAAAGGGUA